AUGACCCCUUUUUGUCUCUGUGGCACUUGUUCCUCUAUUCAUUUGUUCAAAGUCGCCAAGUUUCUGCAUUCUUCUGCUUCUCUUUCUUCCUUCUUUCUUCCCCCACCCAUCUCUAAUUUCUUCCCUUUGCUUUGUCCACAUUUCUUAUACUCUCUCUCUUUCUCCCACUCUUUUUCUUUAACAAGCAACAUUCUUCUUCCAUUUUUGUUUCCUGCCUCUCAGCUUUCUCCUCCUUCUGAACUUUCCCCUCCACAAAAUCUUGUUUACGAUAUAUCAUUUCAUGGAUCUAUUUCUUUGGGUUUUUUUCUUUGGUCAAUUUGGUUUACCAUUUUUUUUUCUUUCUCUUUUCUCUUCCCACCACUCCACUCAUCAUUUUAUUCUUUUUCAUCUUCUCUCUUUUUUCUUUCCUUAACUUCUUACUUUAUCUUUAUUGCUCUUUUCUCUUCCACCCAUACUCUCAUCAUUUUAUUCUUUUUCAUCUUCUCUCUUUUUUCAUUCUUUAACUUCUUACUUUAUCUUUAUUGUUCUUUUCUCUUCCUCCUUCUCUCAUCAUUUUAUUCUUUUCAUCUUCUCUUUUUCUUUCUUUAA